UCUCCGAGACCAAACAUGGCCGUUGACAAACUCUCUCAUGUCAGUUAGCACUCGAUAACUCUUGAUUUUUUUAAUUUACGAGUCUUAAUUUGCAAAACAAGCUUCUCCUCGGUUACCAAAUCAGUUCUAUUUUUUAUCUUGCUGCUGGUUGGGUUUUUACCUCCUCUUUCUGUGACUCGUUAGCCGCUGAAGCUAGGUAGCGAGCUAACUUCUCCAUAGGGGACAAUGACAGCGACUUCUGCAGGCAGCACCAGCUGCCUCACCGCUAAAGGACUGGACAUAAGUCUGGCUGCUCUGAAGCGACAAGACCCAUACAUCAAUAAUAUCGUGGACGUGGCCAGCCAAGUUGCCCUGUAUACUUACAACAACAGGGCGAAUGAGUGGGAGAAGACCGAGGUGGAAGGCACCCUCUUUAUCUACACAAGACUGGCAUCUCCCCGGCAUGGUUUCACCAUUAUGAACAGACUCAGUAUGGAGAACUUGACAGAGCCAAUCACCAAAGACCUGGAUUUUCAGCUCCAGCACCCCUUCCUGCUGUACCGCAAUGCACGAUUGGUUAUCCAUGGGAUUUGGUUCUAUGAUAAGGAGGACUGUCAACGCAUCGCCCAGAGGAUGAAGAUUCUUACCCAGCAGGAGCAGACCAUAGCACAGUCCCAGGGUGGAUGGUUGUCCCCAGGAGGAGGAGGAGGAGGAGGAGGAGGGGGAGGAAUACUUGGAGGACUACUUGGAGGAGUAGUUGGAGGAGGAGGAAGUGAAGCGAAGACAGUGGACAUCAUCCAGAUGUUGACCAAAGCACGCACAGAGUAUGACAAGUCUACGUCAGAGCCAAAGGAGAUUGGUGGCAGCAGUGUUAUUUAUGGAAACCCUAACCUGAUCAAGCCAAUACCUGUUAAACCACACACACAGGACAGUGAGAGUGCUGAACCCAAGCCUCUCUCUCUGGCCACUCUUUUUGGCUCUCAACAUCAACAUCACCACUCACCCAAACCUGACCCUGUCUCUCCUAUGGCCGGUCCUGGGACAGGGCCGUCAGCAGGACGAGCCACUCGCCCUCCUGUGGCCCGUUCACUGAAAUAUGAUGAUACAGUGAACUCUGGCAGAAGUGUGACCUCUACAAGAGGGAACGGUGCCGUGGUUGGGUGUUCAGAUGGAGGGCUCAGGGCUGUGAUUGGAGGUCAAACGGUCAGGGAAGAUGGUGCUAAUGUUGUAGGCUUGCUGCCAAGUCCCACUACCGCCCAGCAGCAGCAGAACCAGCCACAGCACUGCGCAGCCAUCCAGAAACUCAUGCAGGGACAGAGAGGAGUCGGGGUGGUCGGAGGGGUGCUCCAGACCGUGUCCGAGUCCCCCGAGAACAGGCUGUGUGACAACAGCGUGCCCCUGGAGCAUCACCACCACCAUCACCACCUGUACCAUCAUCAUCACCAGCAGCACCACCUUCAUCAUCACCAACAGCAGCAGCAGCUUCAAGCUGACCCGAUCAAGAGACUUUUCCAAAUCCAGCCACCUCUUCCCUCCUCCAACCCUCCUCCUCUGCAGCAGGGCCCCUGUCUCUCCUCUCAGCCCAUGAUGGAUUCUGUGUCAUGUUCCCACCUUCAAGCGCAACAAGGCCAGCAGCUGUUUUUUAGCCUAUCAAAACCUCAAGCAGAGGCACAGCACAACAACCAGUCAGCUUCAGCUAUACAGGGAACAGAUUUGCUGCAUUCUCAGGUGAACAAUGACCAAGUCCUUCAACCUUUACACGGUCUGUCUUCCCAGAUGCCUGGUGUGGUGUCGCCUCAUGAACUCCUGCAAAAGCUCCAGCUGGUCCAACAGGAGCAGAGCCUGGCUUCCCAUGACCCCCCUCGACUCUGCCCGGGACUGGCCCCUCGAUUCCUGGGGCCCACUCAAGGUCAAGGUGCAGGCUCAGUUGUAGGUCCAGUCUCAAAUCAGACCACCACUGCAGGUCAAAAGGCUGCUCUGCAGUUUCAGGUCAUUUCUCCACAGCGGAUACCAGCCACUGUUGCACCCAACCUGCUCCUCUCUCCCAGCGUGUUCACUCAGGCAAAGUCUGGUGGCGUGUUGUCAGCGGUUGCCCAGGAGAGCUGCUCUGCCCCCUCAACCUUGUCCAGACCCCCACUGCAGGACGAGAUCAGAGUUCUGUCCAGGAGCCAGCUUCAGGCCACACUGCUGCAUCUGAUCCAGAGUGACGGCUCAUUCCUGGACACCAUCUAUGAAGCCUACAUCAGCCGCUUAGCUAAUGGCUCCAGCAGCAAGUACUGAUGACUCGUCACACCCUCUGUCUAUACAAACACACUGUUCAGAGAAGUGAGGCUCGUUCUUCUACACCUAAUAUGGACGUACAACUUCCUCCUAGGGAUCCAAUCACACACAGACUCACUGCAUCUCCUCUGUACUGACAACCUGACUCUCUUCACUUCAAACCAAGUCUCUUUAGUCGCAAUUACAAAAUGUGUACAAUGUGUUUGUUUCAGUAUAUAAAACCCCACUUUUCAUCCCAUGACUCCUCUGGAAAAAAAAAACAGUUCUCAUUUUUGGCACAAUACAGUGUAACUAUACAGUCUUAAAAUUACCUGUAGUUAAAGGGGAAAAUGUAGCCUAUACUCUAGUUCGCUCUCAGUGAAGACAAAAUAUGCUGCAACCUCACUGUUUUCCCAAGGUGUUAAAAUUUAGUAGUUCCCUGCACUAUUUUUUCACCAAGUGUAGCAGAAUUUUAUGUUGUAUCAUUCUAUUUUUUAUCGUGUUGUGUAGUGUUUACUCCGUCACGGUCGUCGAACACCAGCCAGCCUUCUGGGCUUUAAUAAGCAAGUCUUCCUAGUCUGAGAGCUAGUGCUGAAGGAUAUUCUCAAAUUGACUUGAAACUGACUUCACAUGUUAAACAUGUUUUGUUUUCUGUACAUUUGGGAAGGUAGGUAUGUUUAAAUGUUAUCGGAAUUUGUUGGAUUUCAAUUCAGAGUUCUUUUAAAUUAAGUUUUAUGAAGGGAGUAUAUUUUCUCUCCAAAUUCAUUUAAAGUUAUUAAAAUGAUACCUUGUCAUUAAUUAUAUUUUCAGCAGACUUUAGCUGUGAUGAAUCUCUGUAUAAGUGUUUUAGUGACACUGAUAUUAUACAAUUAGCCUGAAGAAUUCAAAUCGACAUGGUAUCCAGCUAACUUGAAGUAACAAGGAAAGUACAGGAGAUUGUUAACCUGCGCUACCUCACAGAGAGCUAGUUCAGAGGAGUACCUGUGUUUUUACUUAGUGGCAGUUUGUGCGUUAUGUGACUGGACAGUUUUAGAGAUUCGAUCAUCCAGUCGGGGUUUUUAUUUCAGUUUAACAAAAGGGAUUUUAUCAUCACAGAAAAACCGUUGACAAUCUUUCAACACACUGAAAUAUCACUUGAGAUGUUCAUGCUUCAGUUCCUGAACAUUUUUCUUGCCAAAAAACUGACAGAAAUUCCCCUCAGGAAUAAUAAAACUUUUUAUUGAUUGAACACUUUCCUAUUGAAGGUUUAGUCUAGUUAAAUAAAUGAUUGGUUAAAUGGAGUUUUAAAGCAAUAAAAAGCAAAGUUAGUAGAAAGUACGAUAGAAAAUACAUUACCAAAAUACUGUUACGCGAUAGUGUGUUCUGCAUGACAUGUCAUUUCCCUCUUAGUAUCAGUCAGCCCUAACUCAUCACGGCCAAGAAGUGGCAUUUAAUAAAAAUGUUUUAUUUGAUCUGGGAUAGGGUUUGCAGUUUGUGUUUAGCUCCCGUGCUAAACACACAUACAGCUGGACCAUACAGUAGCUACCAGAGGGUACACAAAAACAGCAGCAACAAAAAAAAAAGAGAGAAUACAUUUCAGAAAAGAAAAUAUUUUUCCUAUUUUUGUACUCAAGCAAAAAUGUAUUGUUCUCAAAGUACACUGUAAAAUCUGACAAGUACUUAAAAAAAUACAGGAAAUUGAUUGCCUUGAAAAUGGUGAGUUAAUACAACUUUAUUAGUCUUUAUGUAUAGUUAUGUAUACGUGAUAUCCGAUUAAGUUCACGUAAAAUAUAGUGGUACUUACUUAAUUUUGUGAAGUUGCUGCAACUUAAAAAUGACAAGUGAAUUUAACUUGUUCUUUCUAAUAUUAGCAAAUGAAGUAAAUCAAGUUUAUUUGGACUUAACUCAACAUUUGUGUUCACUCAGUAGAAUAUCUGAAACUCAUUGAUUGAUUCUGAUCAAUAAAGUAAACACAUUCAUUAAUGCAUAUCCCAGCUGACAUUGGGCGAAAGGCGGGGUACACCCUGGACAGGUCACCAGACUAUCACAGGGCUGACACAUAGAGACAGACAACCAUUCACACUCACAUUCACACCUACGGGCAAUUUAGAGUCACCAGUUAACCUGCAUGUCUUUGGACUGUGGGAGGAAGCCGGAGUACCUGGAGAAAACCCAUGCUGACACAGGGAGAACAUGCAGAUUCUGCCCCUGGUUCAAACCCCCUCUUGCUGUGAGGCAACCAUGCUGCCCAUAAAACUAAGCACAACAAAGAAUAAUUACUUUGCAGGAUUAUUUUUAUAGAAUGCCAUUCUGAGCACUUUAAGACAAGGCCAGUGUUUUUGGAAACAAAUGAAAUUAUGCAAUAAAAAAAAUCCACUUGCAAGCCUUACAAAAAAAUCUAAAAACUCGAGAAAUAUUCAGAUAUAGAGAGACUAUCUUUCUCUGACUUUACUUAAGACUUCAAAAGUUUUAUCACAAAUACCAACAUUCAGUCAACUUACAUGCUUAUAAUGAAACAUUCCAUCAAACUAUGCAUACUGUGCAUGUGCUUUUAACUAAUAAACCAAACCAUGUGUAGCUGUUAAUAUUGUGCUGUACAUCUGUAUUUUGCUGAUUGAAAAUUAAUCGAUCACAUUUGUAUAUUCUUGAACAUCUUUACAAAACACAACUUGCACAUACCCGAACUCAACCACAUGCAAAAUCCUUGUUGUCAUGUCACAUGUCACAUAAAAUACAUGAAACUGUUCGUUUAAGUCACAUUAACUUAGUUUACUUAAGUUGCGAACAAAUAGAACAUGUAAAUUUUACUUGGCAUUUUCAAUUUGCAACAACUUGACAAAAUUUAGUAAAUAUAACUAUACAUUUUAAGUUAACUUAAUUUGAUUAAACGUAGAUAAAUUGGCACAUUAACUUACCUUUUUAAGGCAGUUGGGUUUGCAGAUGUUUUUUAAAGUAAGAUCAACUUGUCAGAUUUUACAAAUAACCAGCAUGUUACAAUGAAAUGUACAGCUAGUAAAAAUUCAUUGUUAUACAUAACAAGAUACAUAUCUACAGUUAUAUGUUAGAUGCCGUUUUGUUCUUUUAAUUCAAAAGAUGUCAUCCAUAAUCUUUUUUUUUUUUAUAAACAUUGUCAUUUAAAAUAAUAUGAGACAUUGGAAUGUCAAUGGAAACAUUUCUGCACAAGUUUAUUUCUUUUUGUCGAGUAUGUUUUGCUGACAUAAACUGGAAUAUAUUUUAAUUGGUUAUUAAAUGUUCUCAAACUGUC